AUGGACGUGAGUAAGAGCAGCGAGACUUUCUCACCCCGAGGCUCCAUUCAUCAAAGACGUGUCAACACGAACAGGCCCCGCCCCACCUCGUCACCCCCCCCACCCCGGCUGCGGGUCACGUGUCCCGAGCCCUCGUCGGCGCUAAGUAAAGUCCUGACGGAGCUGGGAGGGAAGUGUUACAUUUUACAGCUGUGUCUCUGCAACACCCCGCCUGGAAUCCCCCCCACCCCGCCCGCCGACCUGCCGCCAUGUUUGGCGGCGGGUCCGAGCGACACGUGCGGCGCAGAGCUGGCAGGAGUCUGCGAUGUGCUGCUGAAGCAUCGAACACUCGGGUUCCUGAGGCUCAGCGUCUCCGAGCUGCACGUCAUUCCCGGUUCCUCAACUCGCGCCGUCGUUCCACCGCGUCGCCGCAGCGUUCAGGUCCAAACUCAGAGAGAGUCGGCCCUGCUGCCUCUUGACCCUUCGGUCCGGGCCGAGACAAUGCCAGGACGAGCUUCCCAGAGCCGCCGCGCAACGCAAAUAGUAACUUCCAGAAGCCGUCGGCUGCCACUACAGAGGAGAAGGGAAGCGAGGGAGGAGGGAAAACAGCAGGACGAAGAAGAGGUGGAAAUGGGCGGCGGCCAGGAAGCGGGACUCUUCCUGCCCUAA